ACGCAGAAAUCUCUCGUCGGCCAUAACGUUCCUCAAACAUAUUUUUUUGAUUUUAUAUCUCUAAUUCUUAACACCUUCCGUUUCUGGUCUGAAUUCCGAUACCCCCUCCUGGUUAAUCCUCUUCUUCAUCGUGCAUCCAAAACCCAAAUAAAAAUUUCCCAUCUUUAUUUCCAUCUUCCAUUUUUCCUCUUUCGGAGGAGGAGAAGAGGGGGGAAAAAGAUCGUCUUUUUUCCUCCAGGAUUGAAGAUAUCUUUCUUUGUUGCUUGAUUAAAGAAAGCACCCAUUAAAGCCAAUCCUCCUCCUCUCUCUCUCCUUUACCUUUAAUUUCCUUCUUUCGUGUGAUGUGCUAGAAAGAUCUCAUUUCUUCUUCAUUGGGUUUAUCGUAUUGGAGAAGUGGAGAUUAGAUUGACAUUUGAGAUAAGAAGCUAAAAAAUCUCGACGUGCACAUCUCAGAAGAAGGAAAUCGUCAUCUUUUUUGAAGCCUUCAAGAUUGAUUGACUGUUUCACGGUCUGAAUUCUCCUCCGGGUAUUACCAAUUCUGUAAAGAAAGAUGUUUGGAACUCAUAACAAGAGGGGUUUAUCCUCUGAAUAUCAAUCUCAUGUUAACAUACUAAGGCCAAGCAUCCACGCCAGGAGGGCUAACCUAACUGUAAAGUUCCAAGAUAUUUAUGGAUUUACAGUUGAAGGAAAUGUGGAUGAUGUGAAUAUACUGAAUGAGGUUAGAGAGAAGGUGAGGAAACAGGGUAAGGUUUGGUGGGCCUUAGAAGCUAGCAAAGGUGCUAAUUGGUAUCUUCAAGCUCAUUUCUCAUCAACCCUAAAGUUUUCAACUUUAGCCAAUGCAGUUACCUUGAAGAGGCUCAUUAGGAAGGGUAUCCCACCCGUUCUAAGGCCUAAAGUCUGGUUUACCCUGUCUGGAGCAGCAAAGAAGAAAUCAACGGUGCCUGAAAGCUAUUAUGAUGAUCUUAGCAAGGCAGUUGAUGGUAAGAUCACACCUGCAACGCGACAGAUUGAUCAUGAUCUACGAAGAACAUUCCCAGGUCACCCUUGGUUAGACACACCGAAAGGUCAUGCUGCUCUUAGACGUGUUCUUGUAGGGUAUUCUUUCCGUGAUUGUGAAGUUGGUUAUUGUCAGGGAUUAAAUUAUAUUGCAGCUUUCUUGUUGCUGGUGAUGAAAACAGAAGAAGAUGCUUUCUGGAUGUUAGCAGUUCUUCUUGAAGACGUUUUGGUAAAUGAUUGCUACACGAAUAACUUGUCGGGUUGUCAUGUUGAACAGAGAGUGUUCAAGGAUCUUUUAGUUAAAAACUGUCCAAGGAUAGCUAAUCAUUUGGAAGCUCUAGAAUUUGAUGUAUCACUUGUAGCCACUGAAUGGUUCCUUUGCCUCUUCUCCAAGAGUUUGCCAUCAGAGACAACUUUGAGAGUAUGGGAUGUUCUUUUCUAUGAGGGGGCAAAGGUUCUUUUUCAUGUUGCCUUGGCAAUCUUCAAGAUGAAAGAGGAUGCUGUGCUUGGGGCUCACCAUGUUGGAGAUGUGAUAAACAUACUGCAGAAUACAAGCCAUCAUCUAUUUGAUCCUGACGAGUUAUUGACGGUUGCUUUCGAGAAAAUUGGAUCUAUGACAACCACCACAAUAUCAAAGGAAAGGAAAAAACAGGAACCGGCUGUGAUGGCAGAGCUGGAUGAAAGGGAGAGACGGUUAAAUUCAUUGAGAGGGGGCGGUGUGAGAUGAGGAACCAAAUAUCAAAUAUCUCGAUCUUCUAGUGGUCUUCUUGAUGAGGAAAUUAUUAUUAAGAAGAAGAAGAAGAAGAGCAGCAAGUCUACAUGUUCUGUGUAAAGAACACAAAUUAAGCAAGAAAGAAAUACAAUUUUCUGACCUUGUGUAAUGAGAUUUCAUUUUGCUUUUGCCUGGUUAGAAGAUGAUCUCGAUCAUGAGUCCUCUCAUCCAGGUCAUUGUUUUACAUCUUGUUUGAGAUUUGAUCGAAUAAUUUAUACAUGAAUAAUUAGCUAGAA